UCAACCCAGAAAAGAAAAAACAGAAAUCAUUCAAAAUGGUCAAGGCUGUCGCUGUCGUCCGUGGUGACUCCAAGGUCACCGGCUCCAUUAUUUUCGAGCAGGAGUCCGAGUCCGCUCCCACCAAGAUCACCUGGGACAUCACCGGCAACGACCCCAACGCCAAGCGCGGCAUGCACAUCCACACCUUCGGUGACAACACCAACGGCUGCACCUCCGCCGGCCCUCACUUCAACCCCCACAACAAGGGCCACGGCGCCCCCGAAGACGAGGACCGCCACGUCGGUGACCUCGGCAACAUCGAGACCGAUGGCCAGGGCAACUCCAAGGGCACCGUCACCGACAAGCACGUCAAGCUGAUCGGCCCCGAGAGCAUCAUCGGCCGCACCGUCGUUGUCCACGGCGGCACUGACGACCUCGGCAAGGGCGGAAACGAGGAGUCCAAGAAAACCGGCAACGCCGGUCCCCGACCCGCAUGCGGUGUCAUUGGCAUCUCUAACUAAGUUUCUUGGUCGCCAAUCUAGCUGUUGUCCAGGUCGUAGUGCGGCCCGAGGCGGGGUUGUCGAGCUUGGGGGUCCUCGGAAGCUACCAUAACCAGGAGACAAGCUUCCGUCGAUGGCUUCCGAUAUCGCGAUACCAUACUCGGCAUCGAGCUUCGAUUCAUACUCUGCGAAAAAUAUAACAAAAAUUACCGUAAUAUCUGUUCUCGUGUCGUGAAGUAUCGGCCUUUGGGAUGUCUUAACUGGAUUGUUCGGUGGUGAUGGUGGGGUUUAGUCCUUGCACUGUGAGGGGUAAGAGAUGACGUGAACAGAGGUAGAACUGGCAUCACACAAGUGGCUGUGCUUGCUUUCCUACCUUACACUACCUAGUACCGGCCAUUUGUGAUACUCCAUACUGCUUGUUAACAUAGUACAGGUG